AUGUAUUCUUUCAACGAUCGCGGCUUCCCCAUAGUUAACCUUUCGAACGACGGUUGGUCUACCGAGGACGAGGCUACUGCCACCUGCUUCUGUGGAUCUGUGCAGUUAGUUUUACCUCUCCAGAAACCUGGCCUCCUAAGCCGCCAUGUCUGCCAUUGUGUCGACUGUCGCAAGAUCGGAUCCGCCUUCUACCAAUCCAACAUCACCGUGGCAGAUUCGCAUCUCAAACACAUCCGUGGUGAGAACAACCUCACCGCCUUCAGCGAGACGGAAACAAUCCGUGCCAACGCGCGAAUGACGAACUACUUUUGCAAAACAUGUGGAACUCUUAUGUAUCGCCGUGGCGCUCGGUUCCCUGGAAUGACUAUCUUACGUACUGGCACUGUCGAUGACCUCUCCUUGGCGGAAACGAAGUUACGGCCACAGGUGGAGCAGUUCAUUGAGAGGAGAGUUGCCUGGUCUGUGCCGAUCGAAGGGGCUGCUCAAGCGAUAGGGAUGCACCAGCCUUCUGAUAUAGAGGGAAUUCCAUAG